CUCUCCGGAAACUUUUGGAUUCAAGGAUUCAAGGCCGCUUUGGACUUUGCUACUCAAUCAUUUUGUCAUCCAGGAUUCUUUUCCCCGCUUCUCUUCGCAGCACAGCAUAAUUAUAAGGAGAAAAUCAUGCAGAUUCCAUCCGCGCAUCGCUUCUUGGCUGUGUAUCUCACGCUGUUUGGAUACCUUGGGGACGUUUACGCGGGGACAGUCGUGCUGAACUCCAACGCCAUCAAAAACUUGCCCGGAGCUGCGGGAAGUAAAGGAGCCGACACUGUCAGUCCGAGUCCGCGCACCUCUCCGUCCAGCAGCUUGGCACACAAACCCCCCGUGGACACCUUGCAGCAAUCCGGUGUUUGCACGGAUGAUGAAGACUGCGGAGGUGAUGAAUUCUGCAAUGACGCCCGAGGCGUCUGUCUGCCGUGCCGUAAGAGCCGGAAGCGUUGCGCACGGGACUCAAUGUGUUGUGCAGGAAACCGCUGCAGCAAUGGUGUUUGCCAGGCAAAUGACAUAGCUGGUACAGAUGCAUCCAUCAUCACAAGCUGGCACAAAAACAACAACACAAUGGAGCAUCAUGCCAAAAGGCCUCCUACAGCCCACAGCAAUCAGCCUCAUGCUGUGAAAGGUCAGGAGGGUGAGACAUGUCUGAGGUCUGCAGACUGCUCUGAAGGUCUGUGCUGCGCCCGACACUUCUGGUCUCGCAUCUGUAAGCCCGUGCUGACGGAGGGCCAGGUGUGCACGCGCCACCGCAGGAAAGGCAACCACGGUUUGGAGCUGUUCCAGCGCUGCGACUGCGGCGACGGCAUGACCUGCCGACAGGAGAAAGGGGAGCGAGACCACAGUGUCAGCAGGACUGCAGCCCGGAACCUACACACCUGUCAGAGACGCUGACACAAACGCAUGGACACACAGAGACAGAAAUAUACACUCUCGAGAGAGAGAGACACACACACACCCAGCAAAACCCAUAAAUCAGUCAUAGACACUGACAAACACUUUUUCUGCCUUGCAUACACCCGAGAUGCUGACACACACACACACACAGACACCAAACACCUAAGACAUUCUUUCCUGCCAAAGUUGCUGACAAAAACAGCACCCGGAAGGAUAGACAUGAUUCCUGGAAAAGUGAUACGCCCAGAGGGAUGCAACAGAGCAAGACGGACUGAUCCAAUUCCCCCUCAACAGAUGAGGAGUCGGAAGUGUUAGGCAGUGCCAUUUCAGAAGUCAUGGGAAGAUCGAUUCAUGUCGUUGGUAAUGGCAGAGCUGUUUUGUUUCUCUUUUUAUGAAACUUGAAGCCUCAGUUAUUGCAGUAAAUUACUGUAUUGUAAAUAUUAUCCUAGAGGUGGCACUUA